AUGGCGACCCGUAGGGCGACUCGCCUGGACGACAUCGCCUCAAUGAGUAGUUGUCGAUCAGAUCCCGUUGAUUCCUUUAAAUCUCAGCAAGAGCAGCGAUUGGACGACGAGGAGGAAGCCAUUCGCCUCCUUACGCGAUUGGAACGGAGUCUAGAAGCGGCUGCUGACGUGGCAGCCGUUGAAACAGCGGUCGCCGCUUUGCUGGCACCAAACGUACGCGCUGGAGCGUCGGCUGUAGCAUCGGCUGUAGUGGAUCGUGCGAGCAACGCGAUUGACGGAAUCGGAUAUGAAGCGUUCUCCACGGGCGGGAGAGACCCCGCCGUGACAGAAGCGAGGGCACCGAUAUUGUCACCUCUACGCGUGCUACUAUCGGACCACCUCGCGGCGCUCUCGCAGCUGCUCCUGUUCCACGCCCUCCUCCCCCUCCUCUCCGCCUCCGCCUCCCCCUCCGCCUACGCUGCUUCCACGGACGUGGAGUUGCUUGGGGGGGAAGAUGGGGGGAGAGAAUUGUGGGGAAAAGAUGCGGAGGGGAGUGAGGGAAAGGAUGUUAGCAUCAGUGGCGGUGCUUCUACCGCUGAUGGUGGUGGUGGAGGGGUGUGUGGGAGGGUGGCGCAGGCGAAAAGGAGCAGCGUUGCACGCAAGGAGGCUGAGAGGCUACUCCUCCUCACAAUCUUUGGCUCGCCUGACGGCCCCACAGCGCAAGCAGUCCGGCCAGGCGGGUUAGAGGGCACGCCUGCAUCUUCUACCCCUGACACGUGUCCAAAUGUUACUGGAGCAGGGAUCAUGCAGGCGUCACCGCAUGCUCCUUCUUCCCUGCGUGCCCCGUACGUGUGCUCUCCUUCCUACCCUCUUCCUCACUGCCCCGCGUGCCCCAUACGUGUGCUCCCCUUCCUACCCUCUUCCUCACUGCCCCGCGUGCCCCGCACGUGUGCUCCCCUUCCUACCCUCUUCCUCACUGCCCCGCGUGCCCCUCACUUCGUCGCGUCUCUCAUCCGCCGAUCUCUCACCACCACUGCCACCAUCGCUGCUUCUCGCUCCUCCUCCUCACCACCUCCCGUCUCGCCCCCCUCCCAACCAACAAGCGUCUCCCCAGAGGCGUUCGUAGGGCAGCUGGUGGCCAGGCUGUGCCGCAGGGGGCAUGCGGGUGAGUGUGUUUUUGUGACGUCUCAAAAUCACUCUUCCCUUCUCUUCCCUUCUCUUUCCUUCUCUUCCCUUCUCUUCCCUUCUCUUUCCUUCUCUUCCCUUCUCUUCCCUUCUCUUUCCUUCUCUUCCCUUCUCUUUCCUUCUCUUCCCGUCUCUUUCCUUCUCUUUCCUUCUCUUUCCUUCUCUUCCCUUCUCUUUGCUUCUCUUCCCUUCUCUUCCCUUCUCUUUCCUUCCUUCUCUUCCUUUCUCUUCCCUUUUCUUCCCUUAUCUUUCCUUCCUUCUCUUCUCUUCUCUUCUCUUCCCUUCUAUUCCCUUCUCCCUCUCUGCUUGCCUUAUUGCACCCCUCCCGCAGCAACGGUGGCAUCCGAGCUCAUCCACACAGUCAUCCGACAGCUGGCACACGCCAUGUUCCUGUUCACGUCUCACCUCCUCACUUGCUCCCCUCUUCCCCUCCCCUGCCUGCCUUGGAUUGUCACCCUUCUCUCUUCCUCCUCCUCGUCACCCUCUGCUGACGAUUCCGCUGCACUCGAGCCAAUGGGGCUGUGCCACGUGGCACUAGAGCAUGUGCUGCGCCUGUGGAGCUCAGCGGCUAUCGUCCAAUCAGCAUCCAUGGAGAAGCAGAUCUAUGUGACAGCAGCAGCAGGAUUCCUCCUCUCCCUCCCUCGCCACUCACAAGCAGCACCGUCUGCAUCCUCCGCACGUCACUCCCACCCGCCCCUUCGCCUACACCCAUCGCAGCUCACGUUGCUUCUCAAGGGCGUAUCCAAGUUUGCAUACGAGCGAGGGGUAGGCGAUGAGGAGGAGGGGAAAAGUGGAGGGAGAGGAAGUGGGGGGAGUGCAGCUGCUGCUGUUGAGUUGACUAAAGAGGAGGCCAUUGCUGCUGCUCUUGAUUUUGCACGUGGAUGGGACAUUGGGGGGGUGGUGGGGCAGGAGUGUCAGGAGGAGAAAAAGGGAGGGGAAGGGGCGAAGGAGGCUGGUAGAGAUGGUAGGGGAGGCGAGAAUAGGGAAGUGGAGGAGGUAAAAAGAGAGGGGGAGCUGGAUGAGGAGGAUGAAGAGAGUGAGGAAGGGAGUGAGGAAGGGAGAGAGGAGGAGAGUGAGGAAGAGUGGAGUGAGGAGGACUGGGAUGAGGAGGAAGAGGAGAGUGAUGAGGAGUCAGACGAGGACGAGGAGGAUGAGAGGAGUGCGGGCAUGGGCAUGGGAGUGGGCAUGGGAGUGGGCAUGGGAGUGGGUGUGGGCAUGAGUGGGGAGGGGGGUGGAAUGGCGGCACCCAUGCAGCUGCGCUACAGUGCGGCAGACCUGAGGAAGGCAGAUGACGUCAGUGCGAUGGAGCAAGCGCUUCUGUCCCUUGAACCAAUGAUCCGCUGCCAACCGGACGAGCUGGAUGACGUGGCAGCUGAGCUGGCACGCUCCCUUAUCCACAUGCAAUGCCAGUUCCUCCUGAAAGGGGAAGAUGGCGAGGGGGAGGCAGGGGACGAGGGAGAGGAGGAGAUUGGGAGUGGGAGUGAGGAGGGGGGAGAAGGGGAGGUAGCGGAGUGUGAGGUAGAAGAGUGGAGCUCUUUCGGUAAUAAGAAGGGCAGAGGAGAAGAAAGAGGGGCAAAGCAACGGAAGGGAGGCAGCAUGCAAGGCGGAGGGGAAAGGGAAGGAGGGCAGAGAGCAAUGGGAGCGGAGGAGAGGCGGAGAGCAGCGCUGGUGGCUCUGGUUGUCUUUUCCCCGGUGGCAUCUCUCGAGGUGCUUCUGGGGGAGGUGUUUUCUGCCCACGUGGACCUGAGUCAGCGCCUUCUCAUCCUGGACGUCCUUGAAGCGGCUGCUAUUGAACUCGCCUCCUACUCCUCCUCCGCCUCCCCUUCCUCCUCUUCUUCUUCUGCUGCUGCCACACUCGCUCAACCACUCUCUUCCUCCUCGCUUUCCUCCUCUCGUUCACACACUCCCUUGAUAGUGGAGAUUCACACUGGGCCGACACCUUGGGAUCAUCCCGCACACUCCCUCUCCCCUUCCCCUCCCGGUGCUGGUAAAUGGGUUCAGCUGCCCGGGAUUAUGCCGGGAGAUCUCGGGCAGCCCGAGAUGGCGAAGGCAAUCUUAGCAGCAGCAGAUUUAGGAGGGUUCGGUCUGACUGGGCUCGCGGGCAGCUGGACAAAAAGUUUCACAAGAGACCUGCCCCGGCGCCCUGGUGACCGCAUCCUCGGGCAGGAGAAACGAACCUCUAAAACAAUCGAAUCUGCAAGAGAGAAGCUUCAAGGAAGCAGCGGUCAGAACCAGCAGCUGCACAGUCAGCGCGAUGUGUCCACGUGUACCCCUCCACGCGUGCGAUUUGCUGACGUGGCGGCGGGGUUCAUGCUGCCGCUGAUGCGAGCGUACGACAGGCAGAGCCACGGGGUGGACUGGGUGGGGAGGGACUUCGUUGUUCUCGCGCGCGUGCUGCUGCUUCUCGGGAAGUGCCUGCGCCUCCUCGCCCCUUCACCUGCUCUGCUCCCCCUCGCCGCUGCUCUUCUCGAAUUCCUCAACGCAAGUCCCAUCGCCCAGCAUCCAGAGCCCUACGUGCAGCGCUGUGCCAUCUUCGCUGCAGCCUCACUGCUCCUCUCGCUGCCCCCUGCUGCCGUCGCAGCCCAAGGGCUUCUCCUUUCCUCCGCCGCUGCCUCUGCUUCUGUUUCUUCUGGAGCUACCACAACCAUUGGCUUUGGCGCUAUUGCUGCUGUUGCUGCUGGUCCUGGGGGUGGUGGUGCUGGGGGUGCGGGCGUGGGGUUGUCAGGGAUGCUGCGGGUGAUGGCAGUGUGGUUGGGGAGACUGGCGGAGGAGAGUGGUGACGAGCAGACCAAAGGGAUGGCCUUUGGGUGCCUCCAGCUGUACGACGAUUUCGCCAGGGCGUGCCUGCAAGCAGUGCUUGGCACACCGUUUGAGGCGCCUCAAAAACCGCCUCACAUUUCCCUGCCCUCACACCUACUCCUGCUGCUCUCACACCUCCUCGGGCUGCCCUCACAUCCGCCUGCUGUUGUUUCUUGA